AUGACGGACGACUCCCUGAUCCAACGGCUCUCAGACUAUCUGCUCGCGAGAAUCCUCCAUCUCGCCUCUGCACCCGGCAGGUUUCACUUCCGAACCAUGUUCGAUACCGUUGCGCGCAUCGAAUGCUUUACGGAGGAAGGUCUUUCGCGCUUCUUCCAGGGAUGCACGCGCCUCGAGGACCUCUAUCUCGAGUCCCCGCCGUGUCUGCCCGCCAUUCCCGCCGCCAUCAGCGCCCUCACUUGUCUCGCUCACCUACACCUCGCGGCGCACUCGCACCGCCUCCUGGACUCCUUCACGUGCUUGCGUGCGCUGCGCACGUGCGUACUGCACAUGCCCGCCCUGCAACAGCUACCUCUGGGCUUCGGCAACCUCACGUCCCUCCAGUCCUUGCACCUCGAUGCAUGUCAAUCUCUCUCCUCACUCCCGGAAUCCGUUGGGGAGCUCACUAACCUAGACCGCCUGUCCAUCAGCGGCUGCAGCAGCUUCCGCCUGCCGGAGUCCUUCCCUGCACUGGCAUCGCUCAGGGAGUUGAAGGUGAAGCGGUUCCAGGUGCUCUCCCGACUACCGGAUGAUGUGGGGCGGCAGCAGGCGCUUGAGAGCGUGGUGUUGGAGGAGGUGGGUGGCAUCGCAGGCCUUCCUGAGUCCUUGGGGUACCUGCAGCGCCUGCACUCCCUUUCCAUCGACCACUGCCACCACCUCUCGUCUCUUCUCACCUCCCUGCCCGGCCUAUCAUCACUCGCACAUCUCCACCUCAACGCGUCGAAACUCUCGGCACUGCCAGAUGUCUUCGGGUGGGCCUCGAACCUCCGAUCUUUUAGCUUAUUCGCCGGCAGCUUCACACUCAUGCCUGACUCCUUACCUCUCGCCGCGGCCCUGCAGCAGCUGGCGCUUCACAAUCUGCACUCGCUCACGGCUCUUCCUCGCGACUUGGGAAACCUCACGAGCCUGCAGGAGCUGGAGAUUGUGGAGUGCAGCGAGCUGGUGGGGCUGCCCGCCUUGCUGUGCCUGCUCUCGUCCCUCACACGCCUCACAGUCACUGAAUGCCCUGCACUGGCAGCGCUACCACAAGCCAUGGGCCUUGGCCUGCACAGUCUACAAGAGCUCACUCUCGACUGCAAGAACAUCACCCACCUGCCUCCGUCAUUCUUCAGCAUGGCCUCGCUUGAAGAGCUGGGCAUGUUUCACCUGGCGUGCGUGAGAGGGCCCCUGCCAGACGGCUUCAGCCGCUUCACACGGCUGAGGGAGCUCUCUCUCGUUGCCAUGCCACACCUCACGGCCCUCCCGGCGUCGCUGGCUGCCCUCGCCCCCGCGCUCACCAGCCUCACGGUGGACGGCUGCAGCGGGCUAAGGGACGUGGCGGAGGGGCUCAGCCGGCUGACAAUGCUUGAGUCGCUCACCAUCACGCAUUUACAUAGCUUGAGAUCACUCCCGCGGUCGUGUUAA